AUGCCUAGACACGUAAUUGACAAUAUCCAUAGUGUUCUACAGUUCCAACAAUCCCGAACUUUGACUAAUUCAAGAGCUGGCCCUGAACCUGAAGUACCUGGUACAUCAUCAGAUAUUGAACCUGGUAGCCCUGAAGUAGCUUCGACAUCUACGGCAACAGAAGCGCGUAAAAGGAAAACGUGUAGUCAAUGUCAUUAUAAAAAAAAGCGUAUGACAAAAACGAUAUGUGCCACUUGUAAGAAACAGAUUUGUGGUGAACAUAAGGUUGAUUUAUGCAUUACUUGUGCCAAAGAUAAA